AAUUCGCAUAGACGUCGCCAACAGGUUAACGAAUGCUACGAACAGAACCAGGUCCCUCGUAGUCGUAGGGUCUGAAUGGCGGCGGUGAGUGAUAGUCGGGUCGAUCUUCCGUUUGUGCUCUCGAGCGAAUUUUUACCUUUCGGCUAAAACAAGAGAAAAACAGGGGAGGAAGAAAAAUGGAGCGCCUACUGUUGAAUCUGCUCGUAGCCGACAGUGCUACGAUACAGGAGGCAACAAAAGAGCUCAAGAAGGUACUUCAGAAUCCAGACAGUGUGCCAGCUUUGUGCCAACUUAUUGUAACAUCGACGAAUCCGGAGGUACGACAAUAUGCGACUCUUAUUCUUAGGAGACGUUACAUUAAAGGAAAAAAUUGGACAAAAUUGUCCAUACCUAUACGAACAGAAUUUAAGAAAAUUCUAUUACAGGCCUUAGAACAUGAAUCGAUAAAUUUUGUUAGAAAUAGUAUAGCUCAAUUAAUAGGUGUCAUUGUUAAACAUGAAUUACCUACAAAUAGCUGGCCAGAAAUUAUACAGUAUGUGCAAAAGUUAAUCACUAAUGAAAGAUUGGAGGAUAAAGAACUAGGCCUUUAUACUUUAUCAAUUAUGACAGACGUUACUCCAGAUACCUAUACCUCACAUGCCAGAUCUCUAGUGAUGCUCCUCGCUCAAACGUUGAAUAGUCUUCAGAGCUUGGGAAAUCCUGCAGCUUUUUAUAUUUUGAAUACAUUGCGACAUCUCAUUCCUGUAGCCAAACAUGACGAAACGACAGUACACACUUACGCUACAAUGAUGCCGCUCAUAAUGGCUACAAUUCAAGCUUUGGCUGAAACUGAACAUGAUACUUUUGCUAUCCAAAGUUUCGAAUUGUUGGACGAAUUGUGUGAGAACAUGAUUGUUGUAAUAACACCCCACGUGAAACCUCUUGUCCAUAUGUGCCUUACAAUCAUUGCUAAUAAAAGUGCAGAUGAACUCUUGAAAGUUAGAGUGAUCAGUUUUAUCGGUUGGCUAGCAAGAUUAAAGAAAAAGGCUCUCGUGAAGCAUAAACUGGUGGAACCAAUCGUCGACAUGUUAUUCGCAGUCAUGAUUAGUAAGCCAGAUGAUGACGAUGAUUAUUCAAAUGCAGAGAGUGAAAAUACUAUUUUAACAAGCGCUACUCAAACUUUGGACUUACUUGCGAUGCAUUUGCCGCCGGAGAAAUUAAUUCCACAUUUGUUACGACAUAUCGAACCUGGACUUCGAAAUACAGAUGAUUACGUUAAGAAGACAUCGUACGUGGCUAUAGCUGUAUUAGCGGAAGGUUGUGCUGAAUACAUUCGGUCGAACUAUCUUGAAUUCUUUCUGCGAUGUAUCUGCGAAGGAAUCUCCUAUCACUCGCCUGUUGUGCGCAACGCCGCGCUUUAUGCCUUAGGACAAUAUUCUGAGCACUUGCAACCGGAGAUCUCGCAGUAUUCUUCCGAAUUACUGCCCGUAUUAUUUGAGUACCUCGGCCAGGUGUGCUCGCACAUUAAACAAGAGAAGAAAGAACCGCAUGCGGUCGGCCGUAUGUUCUACGCUCUCGAGAUGUUCUGCGAGAACUUGCACGAGAGGAUUUUACCGUACUUGCCUAAACUGAUGGAGAAAUUAUUCGACAUCUUGAACGCGGAUACAUCACCUCAUGUAAAAGAACUCACUUUGAGCGCGAUAGGCGCCGCCGCCUGUGCCAGCAAGGAGCAUAUGCUACCGUACUUUGAAACAAUCAUAAACAUUCUUAAUAAUUAUCUUACUUCUGAGCCGAAUGAGGAAAACAUGUGUCUUCAAGUUCAAGCAGUCGAUACCCUCGGAGUGAUUGCUAGGUCGAUAGGUGAGAAACACUUUGCUCCAUUGGCGGCUACGUCACUCGAUCUUGGAAUAAAACUAUUAAGAAAUACGAUCGAUCCAGACUUACGGAAAUCUCUUUACGGAUUGUUCGCCGCUAUUAGCACAGUAAUGAAGAAAGAAAUGGUUGCAACUCUACCCGAAAUUGUCGAGUACAUGAUAAUGAGUAUACGAAGUGCAGAUGGAAUUUUGAUGCAUUUUAAGGACGACGAAGCUAAUGCUCUUACAGUUUAUGAUGAUCUCAGCGAUACCGAGAAUGAACGAGAAGAUGAAGAAGAAGACAUCGAAUUCACUGAUAAUGAAGAAGAUAAUGAUGAAGAGAUCGACGGUUAUAGUGUUGAAAACGCCUACAUGGAGGAAAAAGAAGAGAGCGUGAUGGCGCUGAAAGAAAUCGCUGAAUACACACAAGAGGCGUUCAUGCCAUACCUCGAAAGAUCUUUUGAGGAGAUUUUUAAGUUGAUUAAUUAUCCCCAAGAAGAUAUACGAAAAGCAAGUAUAGAAGCUCUAUUGCAGUUUUGCAUCAAUUUAUCAAAAAUCAAUACCGACGAAGGCAAAAAGGCACUAUUGAAGGCUCUCUCCAUGUUCAUUCCGAAAUUGUCGGAGCUGAUAAGAUUAGAUGAAGAGCCAACGGUCGCUAUUUGUGGUUUAGAAGCGUAUCAGGAACUUUUAAGGGAAGUGAAAUCAGAUGUUAUCAUCGGUAUAGGUCAUAAAGAAGCCAUAAUAAAUUGUGUAAUGGACGUUAUGAAAGAUAAAACAGCGUGUCAAGAUCAGGAGGAAAUCGAAGGUGUUGAAACCGAAGCGGAACAGGACGAGCUACUGAUAGAAUGCGCGGGGACUGUAUUUUCUAGUUUGGGAAGAGUGCUUUCAGCAGAGGAUUUUGCGCUCUAUUUUCAGACCAUGUUGCCUUUCUUUUUAAAAAGACUGAAAAUGGACAAUUCGGAGGGACAGAGAUCCUUCGCCGUUGGAACGAUAGCUGAAUGUUUGCCCGGACUUAAACACACAGUGGCUGCGUUUAUUCCACAACUGCUUCCAACUUUUCUACAAACUGGGACCCAAGAUCCCUGCAGUGAAGUUCGUAGCAAUUGCUUCUUCGGAAUCGGAGAACUUGCUCUAUAUGGGAAAGAAGCAGUUUAUCCGCAUUAUCCCAAUAUUCUUCAAAUUUUAUCAUGUGCCAUUGCAAAAGAAACGGACGCAGCUGCACGUGAUAACGUAGUUGGAGCAAUUGCACGACUUAUUAUCACGAAUUAUUCGAAUUUACCGCUCGAACAAGUAUUUCCAGUUUUUGUAGAACAAUUACCUUUAAAGGCAGACUACCAAGAACAUAAAGCCGUAUUUAAAAGUAUUCUUACGUUAUAUCAAGCUGGAGUCACUCUCCUACAAUCUUACAUUCAUACAUUAUUGAAAGUCGCAGUUAUCAUAUUACAUGAAGAAAAAACUGCCGACGUUGAGACGCAAAAUCUUGUCAUGGAAUUUAUCAAGUCUGCUCAACGAGACUUUGUGAACGAUUGGAAUGCACUUUUUACUGAGCUGCCUCCAGAAGUUGUUACAAACAUUCAACGUAUAUUUUCUUAAUGAAACAGCUAUUUUUUAAGGACAUUUUUAAAGUAAAUUUUCUGCCAUUGUUUCUUCUUCGCAAUUUGAAUUAUAACUAUUACGGAGUAACAUUGUGCGAACAAGAUACAACGCAAGAAGAACUGCAAUCGAUUAAAUAUAUGUUUCCAUAAGCUUUAUAGGUGAAUACUCAGCGGUUUAUUUUUUGUUUAUUCGCCAUCUUUAUUCGUUAUUUAUGAUAUAGCUUUAUAAAAUGCCCGUUUGUGACUUUCGUUUAAUAAGCGAAUAAUUUAUAUUGCUUUACAAUUAAAUGAGCAUUUUGUUAUCUUUAUGAUGCAUGCAUCAAGAUAAUUCUUCCUCUAUUUUCCUACUAAAUAAACCGUAAAUGUUGUAUAAUAAAACGAGAAAGGAAAGGAAAGUCUAGGGAGACAAAAAUUAGAAUAAUUGAUUUCAGAAACCUCGCAAUUCUUUCUCACGCUGUUAGAUUUUUUACUUUUGCUCGCAGACUUAUUGGAACUGUGUAGAUUUAUAAAUUCUUUGAUGUCUUGUGAGCGUAUAAAUAAAAGAUCUGAUUGACAUGCAGAAGCAGUGAAAACUCGUUUAACGAGAAAACGAUUAAAACUCUGCUUUUGGCAUAGGCGUCGGCGCCAUUGUUACCAAUGAGCAGAAGGUAGCCCGUCUUCUUUCCUUCUGUCUGCAACCAAAAAGAGCGUACCGUAGCAUAAAUAUUAAAAAUAAAUGUAUUAUGUGACUAAUAAAAGUACGUGCUUUUUUUUUAUAA